UCCUUUUCCUUUUUUUUUUUUUUUAAAUUCCUUUUCUCUCCCCUGUUUGUUUCUCUCUGCAAAACAGGGAGGAGAGAGAAAAGGAGAGGCCUCUCUUUGGGGUUGUUUGUUUUGGUCUGUUUUUGUUCUCUGGAGCUGCGCAGAAUCAGAAGAGUGGGAUAGCAGGAGAAGAAAAAGACAACAUAGGGAAGAGAAGCUAGGGUUUUCGUUGGAUAGCCAUGCAUGUUAUGCGUCGCCUCAAAAGUAUUGCCUCUGGUCGCUCUUCCGUUUCUGAUCCUGGUGGGGAUUCUGGAUCAAAAAGGGCAAAGGUUGAUCAGGAAAUGGAACAGAAUGCUACCAAUGAGACUCAUUUAAUGGAGAAAACCAGUAUAGGCCUAGAACAACAUGUGGCUUCUACUUCUAUUGAAACUGAUGUGAGCACAUCCAAUAUUUCUAUUACCUCCAAAACUGAAAAGUCUGGUUAUGACCAGCUUCCAAAGGAAAUGCAUGAAAUGAAAAUCAGAGAUGACAAAACUGAGAACCAUGAUGAUAAGGAUGCAGAGGCAACAAUUGUAAAUGGUAACGGGACAGAGGCAGGUCAAAUUAUUGCAACAACAAUAGGUGGUCGAAAUGGUCAGCCAAAACAGACAAUCUCAUACAUGGCAGAGCGUGUGGUUGGCACUGGUUCAUUCGGAGUUGUCUUUCAGGCCAAGUGUGUGGAAACAGGGGAAGCAGUUGCCAUCAAGAAAGUGCUCCAGGAUAAGAGAUACAAGAACAGAGAACUGCAAAUUAUGCGGUUACUUGACCAUCCUAAUGUAGUUCAACUAAAGCAUUGUUUCUUUUCAACUACUGACAAAGAUGAGCUCUACCUUAACCUUGUAUUGGAGUAUGUCUCCGAGACUGUUUACAGAGUUACGAGGCACUAUAGCAGGAUGAACCAACAGAUGCCUCUGAUCUAUGUGAAACUUUAUACUUAUCAGAUUUGUCGUGCACUUAACUACAUACAUGGCGUCGUUGGUGUGUGCCAUCGUGACAUUAAACCUCAGAAUCUGUUGGUUAAUCCUCACACUCAUCAGCUAAAGAUUUGUGAUUUUGGAAGUGCGAAAAUGUUGGUGCCAGGAGAACCAAAUAUAUCAUACAUUUGUUCACGAUAUUAUAGGGCUCCAGAAUUGAUAUUUGGAGCUACCGAAUACACCACAGCAAUUGAUAUGUGGUCUGCUGGUUGUGUCAUGGCUGAGCUUCUCCUAGGACAGCCAUUAUUUCCUGGAGAAAGUGGUGUUGAUCAGCUGGUGGAAAUCAUUAAGGUUCUGGGGACGCCUACAAGAGAGGAGAUUAAGUGCAUGAAUCCAACUUAUACAGAGUUCAAGUUCCCUCAAAUCAAAGUUCACCCAUGGCAUAAGGUUUUUAACAAGCGAUUGCCUCCUGAAGCAGUAGAUCUUGUGUCAAGGCUGCUCCAAUACUCACCAAAUUUGCGUUACACUGCUUUGGAGGCAUGCGCACACCCCUUCUUUGAUGAGUUGAGGGACCCUAAUGCACGUUUGCCUAAUGGACGGCCCCUUCCACCAUUGUUCAAUUUCACAGCUCAAGAGCUAGCAGGUGCAUCUCCUGAACUGCUUCAGCGUCUCAUCCCUGAGCACGUGAAGAAGUAAAUUUGUCAGGCAUUGUGGUUUUGGCGGUAGUUGUUAAUAUAUAGGGGCUCUGAUGCAGCAGCGUAGCCUAUAUUGGGCUACCAGCUUGCCCUGUCAAGCCUAGAGCUCACCAUCCACUUGGUGCUUAGAGGUCAAGAUGGCAAAGCAAGGCCAGAUAACAAAGAGGAGGGUUUAUACUAUAUAGGCGAUGGAAGGUGACCAAUUUGGUAUGGGAGGAUGAUGGUUAAACACUAGGCGGUGACGGAGGAAAGGCUUUGUGCAGCAUUGCCAUUAUGAGGCGCACCGAAUGCAGUUUUGGAAGAUCGCAAGCAGCAGGCAUUAUAUCUAUGACAAUGUAAUACUUUUGAUGUUAUAUAUAUAUAACCAACUAUUACAGAUCAGUAGUAGCCAUCAGGCAUUUUAGUUUGCUCUUUUGUGAUAAAAUUGACUUCCCACCAACUGUAGUUAUACUGUAGUGAACUAGUGAUCUAUGAUCUGAGGAUUUGUAGACAUUUAUGUCGUUCCCAAGAAGUAAGACCUUUUUGAUGAA